AUGACGGCGACCUGCGCGCGCUUGGCGGCCUCGGCGACGAGGGUAAAGUCCUUGAGGAAGGCAUCGGUAGACGGCGACGUGGGUAGCUGGGCGGGAGGCUGCGGCACCGCGGGCUGCGCGAUGGCGUUGGCAGGGGACGACUGUUGUGUGGAGGAUAGAGGGCCCGAUGAAACGGCGCGCGAGCCCAUGGGCGAGGUGAUCGGGGCGUUCAUGUUGUGCGACGGGUACUCCUGCACGAUGGCGGCGAAGGCGUUGACGAUGCGCUGCGUCUCCCGACGGUGGGGGAGGCGAUGCAAGUUAAAGGCACCGUUGCCUGGCUCUAAUAACAAAGCCGGCGCGCUCGUGGACUGGGCAACGCUCAAAGAGUCAAUGACGAAACGUUCAUGUGCGUGCGAGGCUUGUGACGAUGCAGCCGAGACUAAAUGGGCGAGGCAGGCGUCGGCGGGGUGCAGGACGGCGUCCGGCUUCGGCAAACGGCGAAGUGUGGAGAAGCCGAGAUGGGACCGCGACUGCUGUAAGAACAAAAAAGGGACAGACAGCCCCAGUGAUGGAGAUGCCGUCAAAGGUCUUGAGGAUUGCCGGGCUGCUGUAUCGGUCGACGGGUGCGACUCGAGACGUGAGACGUGGGCGGGCGGGAAAAAAGAGUGGCCCCUUCUGACCGGGCGGCGAAUCCGUGAUGCCUCGGCCUGCCGACACCGAGCGACCCGUUCGGGGCUCCGUACUCUGACGUAG